UUGUCCCAUCCUUCUUGUCCCAUCCUUCCUAUAAAUUCCCUUCAGGUACUGGGAGGCCGUAAAUAGGUCACCCGAAACUUUUCUCUUUUCCAGGCUGAACACCCAAUUCGGGGUUCGGCGGGGCCGCGAGAUAACUCGGUUACACCCACCCGCUUUGUACCUAACACGAGCAGAGCUCAGCCCCGCUCCGCUGUCCCACCUCCCUCCGGCCCCGAGGCCUCUUCCCACGGAAACACGAGCGGCAGCGGAACUGGAAGUGUCCCGGGGAUCCGGCGGAAGCGCUCGUUGUCCGGGAGACGCGGCGGCGGCCGCCGGGGCCGGACCUGUGGCGGAGGAUGUGGCGUCUGCUGCUGGCGCUGGCCUGGCUCGGUGCGACCCUUCCCGCAGGAGCGGCGGAGCGGAGCGGCCCCGAGCCGGUGCGGUACCGCACGGCCGAGAUGGCGGACGCGAUGCUGGGCAGCGAGGCCCUGGGCGAGCAGCCCGUGCUGCUGUCGGCGGUGCCGGCAGAGACGAGCGGCGGCCCGGCCGGGGCUUGCGAUGGGGCGGCCGCGGGCGAUGCGUGCGGGCCCGCGGGGAGCGGCCAGGCCCGGGAGCAGCCCGUGCUGGAGCCCGUGCUGCCCGCGCCCGCCGAGGAGCAGAACGGCACCGACAGCGCCAAGGCUCCCAAGGUGAACUGCGAGGAGAGGAACACGACGGGCAUCGAGCGCUUCACGCUGCAGAUCCUGAACGUGUCCCAGGACCUGAUGGAGUUCCUGAACCCAAACAGCAGUGACUGUACAUUGGUCCUGUUCUACACGCCGUGGUGCCGGUUUUCUGCCAGCCUGGCCCCUCAUUUUAACUCUUUGCCCCGAGCAUUUCCUACUCUUCGCUUCCUGGCACUGGAUGCAUCCCAGCACAGCAGUUUAUCAACUAGAUUUGGAACUGUGGCUGUACCAAAUAUCCUCCUUUUCCAAGGUGCUAAACCUAUGGCUAGAUUUAAUCAUACAGACAGGACGCUGGAAACCCUGAAAGACUUCAUUUUUAACCAGACAGGGAUAGAAGCUAGAAGCGAUGUGGCUGUGACAGAGGAAGACUGGGAAGGGCCCCUGCCGAGUGUUCUGACCAAGGGCAUAGACUGGCUGCUGCUGUUCUCUGUGCUCUUCCUGGCUGCCUUUGUCAUGUACGCCACCGUUCGCACCGACAGCAUCCGCUGGCUCAUCCCGGGACAAGAGCACGAACACCCUUUAGGCCGGUUCUGGUGCUCUCACUGCAGGCACGGCAGAAGCGAUCGGUGUCCCCCCACUCCAGCUCCUUCCAAGGAAUUGCACAGAACGCUGCGGUGCCCGAGCCUCCCCGCUCCUGACCGGCGGCUCCGGGCGGCUGCCGCGGCGCAGGCAGUUCCUUUUCCUCCGUCGCUCCGUCUCUCGCGGCUCCUCCCGCGGGGCGGGCCCGGCGGGGCUGGCGGGGCCAUGCCGGGCGGCGGGGCCGUGCUGCGGCGGGCGCUGCUGGGAGCGCGGCGGGCGGCGGGCGGCGCCGGGAGCCCCGCGGCCAUGUCCUCCCAGUCUCACUGGUUGACGACAGAGGAAAGGAAUCAAGUUUUACUGGAUCUCAAAGCUUCAGGCUGGUCUGAGCUGGGAGAAAGAGAUGCCAUCUACAAGGAGUUCAAUUUCAAAAAUUUUAAUCAGGCUUUUGGAUUUAUGACACGUGUUGCUCUCCAAGCAGAGAAGAUGAAUCACCACCCAGAAUGGUUUAAUGUCUACAGCAAGGUUCAGAUAACUCUGAUUUCCCAUGACUGCGGUGGGCUGACCAAGAGAGACGUGAAGCUGGCUCAGUUUAUUGACAAAGCUGCUGCCUCAGUUUAACCAGGAUAUAAAUAGCUUUAAUACAGUGUCCACAUAUAUUUUGUUUUUAAAUGAUAUCUCUUUUUCCUUGUAAUCCUGAUUUCCAAAACCUGUAGAGGGAAGAUAUUUUGUAAAAGGAGUGGCUGAGCUUUUCUGACCUUCAGUACCUUAGUGUUGAGACCCCUUUGGAUGCCUGUGCUUGUCCUUUCCCAUUGCUGGUUCUGCAGGAGGAUGAAGAGAAUAAAUCAGCAAUAAAUAAGCUUUGAACAAACCUUUUUUAGAAACUAAAUUCUGCUGGAAUGAAACCAGGAACCCGCCCAUAUGUGUUGGUGUUCCCCAAGCUCACAGGGACUGGUCCAGCUGCCACAUGAGCUUCCCCCAUGCCUGACCACUUCCCUCCUGUGGUUUGGUACAUCUCUGCACUUCAGACAGUGUAAGAGCAGCCCAGCCAGGUCAGUCCCCUCUGGCUUGGUACCAUCAUCUCUGCCAGUGACCAGUGACAAGUGCAAGGAUGCUGGGGAGAGCAGUGCAAGCUGCUGCUGAUGUGUCCUUGGAGUUGCAGCUCAACUGGCAGGAACACCUGUAUCCAGAGCUGCUGCUUGAGAGCCUUUCCCCAUCUGAGAGUACAGAAUCACAUAACCACAGACUGGUUUGGGUUGGAAGGAGCCUUAAAGCUCAUCUCAUUUCAACCCCCUGCUGUGGGCAGGGUCACCUUCCACUAGACCAGUUUGCUCCGAGCCUCGUCCAGGCUGCCUUGGACACUCCCAGGUGCAGGGCUGGAUCUUGGAGUUGCUGAAAACUUUAGCACCGGUACCGCAAACACAAAAUGUCCCUGUGAUCCCCCAGCUCCCACACCAUUGAAUGAAACCUGUGCUGAAGUGCUUGGCCAGCUCAGUGCUCAGCUCCCUGCAGGACUGAGCCACUGUUGGUGGUGUAAUGUUCCAGUACCUGCUGGAUCAGGCCGGGGAUGGCUUGGCCCCGUGCCCAGAGCCCUGGCCAGGGCUGCCGGCGGUGAAGGAAGCGGCAUUAGCAGGAUUCUUGCUAAGCUGGGCUUCACUGAAGCUAUGCUCACCCACUUUUUUCUUCAUAGCUAGAAUUACUCGUUGCACACAUUGUUGCAGGAGUUGCAGAUCCCACUGACAACGUUUAAAAUAGUUCCUCCCGUGGUUUGAAUUGUUUUUUAUCCUAUGAUCCUCCCCGAGACAGAUUUCCAGUGCCGGCAGGGAGAUUUCAUCCUGCUCAAAGCUUGCAGGAGGGGCCUCUCCCCCUGCAGUGCCGCUGCUGAGUGUCCCCAGCGUGCUCUGUCAUGCCCUGCCAGCAGCUCUGCCGGGAGAUUGACACCUCCCAAAUGCCGGGGAGCAUUGCUCAGAUGACACCGGCGGCACAGCCACCAGCUACCGAGAAGGGGGAUGCAGGGCUGCCAGAAUCUAUAUCGGGGCGAGGUGUGUGGUCUCUCAGAUAUUUUGGGAUGCAAAAUGCCAUGAGCUGCCACCCAAGUGACUGAGCCGAUAAAAUAAGAUAUUUUUUGUAAAUCCUUAGCAAACAUGCCGUCAUGUGCUAAUUGGUCACACACAGGAAGCAAGAUGUUGGGGUUUGUUGUCAGUAACCCUGCUUGGGAUAUCAAGUUAAUACCUAAAAAGACCCAAAUUCAGACAACGUGCUCAGCUGUUCUUUUCUCACAAGUGCCUUUCCCCAGUGAAGUGGAGGAUUUCCCUGAUAUGGUUUGAAAAUGGUCACUGUUGUGAAGAGCAAAUAAAACUAAAACCAACAGCCAGGCUGUGAUGUCUCGGUUAGUGGUGGGGAAGUGAAAUGAGCUUCACCCAAAGUUUUGACAACAUCUCUAAUGAAGUGUGUAAAGUCUGUUGUUCAGAAUUUAUGUAUAACGCGUGGGCUUUGAAUAAAACCAAUAAAAUCAAAUUCCUGCUUUGU